AAUAAAAGAAAAACCUCCCUUCCGAGAUUCGAAGGUUAGAGGUGCGGGAGAUCGGAGCUCUCUCCACACCCUCAACACCGAGAUCUCCAAUGGCGUCGUCGUUCUAAUUCUCCUCAAACCCUCCUCCUCCUCCUCCUCCUCCUCCUCCCCCAAUCCCACUGAUUCCCCCUCUCCAGGAUCCCACCUUUCGCCUCACAUGCCCUCGUAGCCCCCUCCCCCACCCCACUCGAUCCCCGUUGGGUGGGCGCUCCAACAGAUCCCAUCCCCGCGUCGUCGUCCCCAAUUCGCCGCCGCCAUGGCCGGAUCCAAGCACCCGAACUCCGAUCCGGGCACCCCCGUCGCCAUGCCUUGCGUCGUCAUCUCCGAGGUCGCCACCCUCCUCGCCGUCAUGCGCGCCAACGUCCGCUGGGCCGGCGGCGCCGCAGCCUCCUCCGCCGCCGUCGGCGUCCGCUACGGCGACGACGCCGGCGCCGACGAAUACCUCGACCACCAUCUGGUGCGCGCCCUCAAAACCCUAAGGCGCCGGGUCCUCUCCUGGGACCCGCGGCGGUGGCGCGCCGUGGACCCGAUCCUGUACCUGAAGCCCUUCCUCGACGUGAUCCGCUCCGACGAGACCGGCGCGCCGAUCACCGGCGCGGCGCUCUCGUCGGUGCGCAAGAUCCUCGCCCUCGACGCGCUCGACCCCGGGGCCGGGGCCGCCGCCGCCGCCGCCGCCGCGGCUGCGGCUGCGGCGAGCGCCGUGGUGGACGCCGUGGCCGGGUGCCGGUUCGAGGUGACGGACCCGGCGUCGGAGGAGGACGUUUUGAUGAAGAUCCUGCACGUGCUGCUCGCGUGCGUGCGGGGCCGCGCGGGGGCCCUGCUCGGCCACCGCCAGGUGUGCACCGUCGUCAACACCUUCUUCCGGAUUGUGCAGCAGGCGGCCACGAAGGGCGAGCUGCUCCAGCGCGUCUCCCGCCACACUAUGCAGGAGCUCGUCCGGUGCAUCUUUACCCGGUUGCCCGAUAUGCCGGUGGAUGGCGCGGCUGAUGGGCCGUCGGUAGCUAACGGGGUCGGAGAUUCUGAGGCCCGACAGGUGCUUGUCUCUCUCGCGAAUUAUAAUAUUGGUGGGCUUGACAAGGAUCAAACUUUUGGGUUUGAGUCGAAGCAGUAUGAGAAUGGUAAUAAUGAUAAUGGAGCUUUGACGAGUUCUGCCAACGAGAUGGCAAUGCAUGUGGAUAUGAAGGUCGUGAAUGAACCUUAUGGUAUUCCUUGCAUGGUGGAGUUAUUUCAGUUCCUAUGCUCUCUUCUGAACAGUACAGAAGAUAUUGACAUGAACCCUAGAGUGAACCCAAUUGCAUUCGAUGAAGACUUGCCUCUUUUCGCCCUUGGUUUGAUCAAUUCGGCCAUCGAAUUGGGCGGUUCCGCAAUAAACAGGCACCCCAAACUGCUGAAUUUGGUAAAAGACGAGCUAUUCCAUAACCUCAUGCAGUUUGGCUUGUCAAGAAGCCCGUUGGUUCUCUCAACUGUAUGUAGUAUCGUUCUCAAUCUCUUCUAUCAUUUGCGCGAUGAAUUAAAGGUGCAGCUCGAGACUUUCUUCUCGUGUGUGAUUUUAAUACUGGCUCAGAGUCGAUAUGGAUCUAGUUAUCAGCAACAGGAGGUGGCGAUGGAGGCUCUCGUUGAUUUCUGCAGGCAUGAGAAUUUUAUGGUAGAAAUGUAUGCAAACAUGGAUUGUGACAUACUAUGCAGUAAUAUUUUUGAAGAUCUCACUAACCUUCUUUCAAAAAAUGCAUUCCCGGUUAACAGUUCCUUAUCUUCUUUACAUGUUCUUGCCUUGGAUGGUUUAGUUGCUGUGAUUCAAGGAAUCGCGGAGAGAGUAGACAAUGCGCCUCGAAAUUCAGAGGAAAUUUCAACAGAAAUUGAAGAAUAUUUCCCCUUUUGGUUGGCUAAGUGCGAGAACUACGCUGAUCCAGAUCAGUGGGUCAGAUUCAUUCGCCACAGGAAGUACAUCAAGAAAAAGUUAAUGGUCGGUGUAGAUCAUUUUAACAGGGACCCAAAGAAGGGAUUUGAGUUUCUACAAGGCGUUCAUCUCUUGCCUGAUAAGCUCGACCCCCAAAGUGUCGCUCUGUUCUUUCGGUACAGUUCUGGAUUAGACAAGAACCUCAUUGGGGACUUUUUGGGUAGCCACGAUGAGUUCUAUAUUCGAGUCCUUCAUGAAUUCGCUCAAACCUUUGAUUUCGAAGGAAUGAAUUUGGAUGCUGCCCUUAGACUCUUUCUCGAGACCUUCCGAUUGCCCGGUGAAUCUCAGAAAAUUCAGAGAAUUCUUGAGGCUUUUGCAGAGAGAUAUUAUGAGCAAUCGCCACAAGUAUUAGCUAAUAAAGAUGCUGCUCUCUUGCUCUCAUACUCGCUUAUUUUGCUGAACACAGAUCAGCACAAUGUGCAGGUGAAGAGGAAGAUGUCUGAAGAGGACUUUAUUAGGAACAAUCGCGGAAUUAAUGGUGGCAACGAUCUUCCAAGGGAGUUCUUAUCAGAGCAGUAUUAUUCUAUAUGCAGAAAUGAGAUAAGAACAAUUCCACAGCAGGGGGUUGGAUUCCACGAGAUGUCUUUAAGCCGAUGGGUUGACAUAAUGCAGAAGUCGAAGAACACAUCACCUUACAUACUUUGUGAGUCCUGCCCUUUCCUCGAUCGCGACAUGUUUGCAAUCAUGGCAGGCCCCACCAUUGCUGCCAUCUCUGUGGUGUUUGAUUAUGGGGAAUAUGAAGAAGUUCUUCUAAAAUGUGUUGAUGGUUUCUUGGCGGUUGCGAAGAUAGCUGGGGCCCACCAUCUCAUAGAUGUACUGGAUGAUCUUGUUGUGGCUCUUUGCAAAUUCACCACUCUUUUAAACUCAUCUUUAAUUGAUGAACCCGUCAUAGCUUUUGGUGAGGAUACAAGAGCGAGGAUGGCGACUGAAACGGUCUUCACUAUAGCAAACACAUAUGGUGAUUAUAUUCGGAAUGGGUGGAAGAGCAUAAUCGAUUGCAUCUUAAGCUUGCACAAGUUAGGGCUUAUAUCUUCACGCAUUACCGGUGACGAAGCAGCUGAUGAUCCAGAAUCUUCUCCAGAUUCUUCUUUUCUUGCCAACCCUAUUCCUUCGGCCCUUUCAACAACGUCUCAAACUUCAUCAGUUAGUACCCCAAAAAGAGCAUAUGGACUUAUGGGUCGAUUCAGCCUGUUCUUAAAUUUGGAUACAGAAGAAUCAAGAUCGCAACCUACUGAAGAGCAGCUAGCUGCUCAACGAAGAGCUCUCGAGACAAUACAAAAGUGCCGGACAGGCAAUAUAUUCACAGAAAGCAAGUUUUUACAAGCCGAGUCAUUAUCACAUCUUGCGGAGUCCUUGAUUAGAGCAGCAGGCCGUCCCCAGAGAAUCACUAGCGGACUUGAGGAAGAAGACACAGCAGUAUUCUGCUUGGAAUUACUGAUUGCCGUCACAUUAAACAAUCGAGAUAGGAUUGUUCUACUCUGGCAGGGUGUUUAUGAGCACAUAGCACAUAUUGUUCAGUGCACUGUGAUGCCUUGCAAUCUGGUGGAAAAAGCUGUCUUUGGGCUCCUUCGGAUUUGCCAGAGGUUACUCCCCUAUAAGGAAAACCUGGUAGACGAUUUAUUGAAGUCUCUACAGUUGAUUUUGAAGCUUGAUGCCCGAGUAGCCGAUGCAUAUUGUGAAAACAUCACACAAGAAGUCACGCGGUUGGUGAAGGCGAAUGCAACCCAUAUCAAGUCCCAAACAGGUUGGCGAACCAUAAUUUCCUUACUUUCCAUUACUGCUCGGCACCCAGAUGCUUCUGAUGUGGGUUUUGAGGCUCUGGUAUUUAUUAUGUCCGAAGGGGCCCACCUGUCACCGGCCAACUUCAUUCUCUGUAUAGAAGCUUCUAGACAGUUUGCAGAAUCUCGACUUGGGUUAACAGAAAGGUCAGUCCAUGCCCUAGAUCUAAUGGGGGAGUCAGUUUCUUGUCUCGCUCGCUGGGCUCGCGAGGUUAAGGAAGUGGGUGGAGAAGCUGAAAGGAUAUUAGAAGGUAUCAGAGAGAUGUGGCUGAGGCUGGUACAAGCACUAAAAAAAGUUUGCGUAGACCAGAGAGAAGAAGUGAGGAAUCACGCAUUAUUAUCGUUACAGAGAUGUUUGGUUGGAAUUGAAGGGAUUUAUCUUUCACCUUUAACAUGGUUACAAUCUUUCGACAUUGUUUUCCAUUUGCUCGAUGAAUUGUUGGAAAUUGCACAAACUUAUUCACCUAAAGACUUUCGUAAUAUGGAGAGCUCUCUUCUUCAUGCAGUGAAGUUACUGUCGAAGGUUUUUUUACAGUCAUUGCAAGAUGUUUCAGGGGAAAGCAGCUUCAGCAAACUGUGGUUGGGGGUUCUUGAACAUUUGGAGAGUUACAUGAAAGCCAGAAUGAGGGGUAGGAAGAUGGAGAAGCUGCAAGAAGCUGUUCCGGAGCUUCUCAAGAACACGCUGCUUGUGAUGAAAGCAAAUGGGGUGCUUGUUAAGAGGAGCACUUCCGAUGGAAGCAGCUUGUGGGAAUUAACGUGGCCGCAUGUAGAGAACAUUGCCCCAUCUUUGCAAUUGGAAGUUUUUCCAAGUAAUGAAUUGGAGCCAGAAACAAUUGAUAAGCAAAAGGAAUUGGCUUCUUGGGAAUUGGUAGGAGCAACAACGGCUUCUGAGGGAAGCUCUCAGGCUGCAGUUUGAGCUUUAUACUAUUGUCAGGUGAGCCCCCUUUUUGGAAUUUUAAUAGUAUACAGAUGGAUUGAUGGAUGAGUUUCCUUCAGGUAUAUUGUAUUUUGCUCUUGUUUAUUAUAAUAUUUUUUUUGAUACUUUUUUUUUUUAAUCAGCAGCACCUUUACUGUUAUUAGCCUUAUUAUGCCCCUCAUUCUUCAGCAGUUAUAGUGUAGGUAUUGCAACUACAGGAUUUUUUUUCCUCAAGAACAUUUUUAGCCGAGGUCCAACUUAUUGUUACAUGUUUUGUGCUAUGAGCACCUGUGGCUUUAUGUAUUCAUUUAAGUACUGGUGAAGUAUAGGAAAUUUUUUUCUUAAUUCUCCA